AUGACCCCACUGUUUAAAAUUCUCUCUCUCUCUCUCUAUAAUUUCUCGGGGUUUCCAUUCGCUGAAGAAAAACAGGUUGUGGAGGUCUCAACUUCCAAAACUGGCAAGCAUGGUCAUGCCAAAUGUCAUUUUGUUGGUAUUGACAUUUUCAAUGGAAAAAAGCUUGAAGAUAUUGUUCCCUUUUCCCACAACUGUGAUGUUCCUCAUGUCGCCCGUACAGACUACCAACUGAUUGAUAUCUCUGAGGAUGGAUUUGUGAGCCUGCUGACUGAGAAUGGUAAUACUAAGGAUGAUCUGCGCCUUCCAACCGAUGAAAAUCUGCAUACGCAGAUCAAGGAUGGAUUUGGCGAGGGGAAGGACCUUGUCGUGACUGUGAUGACUGCCAUGGGAGAGGAGCAGAUCAGUGCCCUCAAGGAUAUUGGCCCAAAGUAACUCCCUGAAGCUUUGGAGAAAGGUAGGGGAUUUCAAUUUCAAAGUGCAAUAGAGAUAAUAAUAGCUAUAAGAGGUUUUGGUCUGGUUUGAGGACAAAGGCCCACCAUUUUGAGAACUGUCUACUAUUAGAUGGAUUCUUCAAAUAUGGUAUAGCCUUCCAUCUAAGACAAAUUUUUCAUUAUUAGGGUUUUAUAAUUAUAAUUUUUUUUUUUUGCCUGUUUGGUUACUGCUUGAACAAUGUUGGGGAAUUGAUUUUCCAGCAAGACUGUAAGACACUUAUUUUGGA